GAAGCAGCUCUGGGGAGCUCGGAACUCCGAUCACCGCUUCUCGCUUCUGGGGCGGCUGCGGCUGGGUGGGCCAGGUCCCCUAGCGGGAGCCCCAGAGGGACAGGCGGUCCAUCAGUGCCUGAGGACCCUGUGACCUCCUCCUGCCUUUGGGUUGGUGCUCUCUCCAGCUCUAGAGCCGGCUCCCAGGGAGAACUCGGUGGAACUUCUGAACACUGGGCAGCUCUUCAUUUGGACCAAUGCCCCUGUCCCUGGGAGCCGACAUGUGGGGGCCUGAGGCCUGGCUGCUGCUGCUGCUCCUGGUAUCACUUACAGGCCGCUGCCCGGCGGGGGAGCUGGAGACGGCCGACCUGGUGACUGUGGUGCUGGGCCAGGACGCUCGGCUGCCCUGCUUCUACCGAGGGGAUCCCGGCGAGCAGGUGGCGCAAGUGGCCUGGGCUCGCGUGGACGCGGCCGCGGCCGAGGGCGCCCGGGAGCUGGCGCUGCUGCACUCCCAGUACGGGCUGCACGUGAACCCGGCCUACGAGGGCCGCGUGGAGCAGCCGCCACCCCCGCGCAGCCCCCUGGACGGCGCCGUGCUGCUGCGGAACGCGGUGCAGGCGGACGAGGGCCGGUACGAGUGUCGCGUCAGCACCUUCCCCGCCGGCAGCUUCCAGGCGCAGCUGCGGCUCCGCGUGCUGGUGCCUCCCCUGCCCUCCCUGAACCCUGGCCCAGCACUGGAAGAGGGCCAGGGCCUGACACUGGCCGCCUCCUGCACAGCAGAGGGCAGCCCGGCCCCCAACGUGACCUGGGACACAGAGGUCAAGGGCACAGUGUCCAGCCGCUCCUUCAAGCACUCCCGCUCUGCAGCUGUCACUUCGGAGUUCCACCUGGUGCCCAGCCGCAGCAUGAAUGGGCAGCCACUUACCUGUGUGGUGUCCCACCCGGGCCUGCUCCAGGACCAGAGGAUCACCCACACCCUGCAUGUGGCCUUCCUUGCUGAGGCCUCUGUGAGGGGCCUUGAAGACCAAAAGAUGUGGCAGGUUGGCAGAGAGGGCGCUAUGCUCACGUGCCUCAGUGAGGGGCAGCCCCCACCCUCCUACAACUGGACACGGCUGGACGGGCCUCUCCCGAGUGGGGUGCGUGUGGAAGGGGGCACCCUGGGCUUCCCCCCGCUGACCGCCGAGCACAGCGGCGUCUAUGUUUGCCACAUCAGCAACGCGCUGUCCUCGAGGGAUUCCCGGGUCACUGUGGAGGUUCUUGCAGACCCAGAGGAGAGCUCAGGGAAGCAGGUGGACCUGGUGUCCGCCUCCGUGGUGGCAGUGGGUGUGAUCGCUGCCCUCCUGUUCUGCCUCCUGGUGCUGGUGGUGGUGCUGAUGUCCCGAUACCAUCGUCGCAAGGCCCAGCAGAUGACGCAGAAAUACGAGGAGGAGCUGACCUUGACCAGGGAGAACUCUAUCCGGAGGCUGCAUUCCCAUCACUCAGACCCCAGGAAUCAGCCGGAGGAGAGUGUAGGGCUGAGAGCCGAGGGCCACCCUGAUAGUCUCAAGGACAACAGUAGCUGCUCUGUGAUGAGUGAAGAGCCAGAGGGUCGCAGCUACUCCACGCUGACCACAGUGAGGGAGAUAGAGACCCAGACUGAGCUGCUGUCUCCGGGCUCCGAGCAGACGGAGGAGGAAGGCGACGAAGGCAUCAAACAGGCCAUGAACCACUUUGUCCAGGAGAAUGGGACCCUGCGGGCCAGGCCCACAGGCAACGGCAUCUACAUCAACGGGCGGGGGCACCUGGUCUGACCCAGGCCCACCUCCCCGGAGCCUGGCUCCCUCUGCUGACAUGGGGGCUUUCAGCUCAUCUCGGGGGGCCCCCCAACGCCCCACUGACUGCUUGACCUUUUCCUCCAGCCCUUGUGUUUGAUGCCCAGAUGGCUCCAUUGGUUGUCCCUGCCCGUGUGCGCAGGUCAGUGUGUGUGUAUGUGCGCGUGUGU